ACCAAAAAAAUAUGGGCAGUGCCAAAAAAUUCUGCCCAAAACCCGGCCCAAAAACGGGCUGGACCGGGCCAAAAUGAUCACCUCUAAAAUAACUCGACAAACUCCAGUCACCCAAAUUGUGUAUUCUGAUUUCUUGUAAUAUUUGAAGCUGUCGAUUGUUUUGUUCAAUAGAAAGUUGAAACAACUACAAAGGGUGAGUUUAAGAUUAGUGAUCAUCGUAAAAAUGGAUUCAGCAGGAAGAUGGGUGUUAAAAGAAGAUGAUUUGUUAGCAUGUUGUGGGAGUACCAAAUUUGCCAAACAAAUGGCAGCCAUUUCUCCUUUUACUGAUCUUCAUCAUGCUGUUCAAGCUGCUAAAGACAUCUGGUUUAACAAGGUUGAUGUUAAUGGAUGGCUUGAAGCUUUCUCAGCUCAUCCUCAAAUUGGCCAAUCUCCUUCUUCCUCAAUUACUACUGAUACUAGUGCCCAGUGGAGCAAGGGAGAGCAGUCAACUGCUAUAGCAACAGCUACUUCCACGACAUUACAGGAACUGACUGAGUGGAAUGCCAAGUAUAAGCAAAAGUUUGGUUUUGUCUUUCUUAUUUGCGCAUCUGGGAGGAGUACUGCAGAAAUUCUGGUGGAAUUAAAGAGACGCUACCCAAACAGGCCUGUAAUUGAGUUUGAAACAGCAGCUCAGGAACAGAUGAAAAUAACUGAAUUACGUCUUGCCAAACUCUUUUCAGCAAAUUCAAGUACUGCUGCUGCUAUUGGAGAUCAACCUGCAUCUGUCGCCAUGAAAGCCCAUGGUGAUGAUGAUGACGAAGAACAAAUAGAGGAAAAUGAUGGUGCUGCCCUACUAGUCGAAAAAGAGUUGAGCAAAAAAUACUGGUCACAGGCUGAAGAUGAGGUUCUUGUGAGAGCUUGGCUACAAGUUAGUCAAGACGAAUUAUUUAAUGCUAAAAAAAAAGGUUUCCAAUUUUGGAGUAGAGUUACUCAUAUGUUUGAGCAAGUGAGAUGUUAUAGAGAAAGAUGUUGGGCAGAAAAAGUAGAAGGGAUGAGGGUGUCUGAUAGAUUAAAUGUGAGAACUCUUGAGCCCUUAAGAUGUCGUUGGAAUAGGAUAAAUAUAAGUGUAUCCAAAUUUGUUGAGGCAUAUUCUCAAGCUGAGGCAGGGAGGAAAAGUUGGGAGUGCAAUGACGAUGUCAUGAAGACAGCGUAUGCCAUCUAUAAGAAUGAUGAUAAGAGUCACAGAGAUUUCCGAGACAAACAUUGUUGGGAUAUUUUAAGUUUAACCAAACAAUGGAAGCCCAUUGGUAAAACUAUUAAGAGGUGCAAGAAGAGAACAAUCGAAGAAAGUGGUUCAAAGAGGAAUAGAAUCACCGAAUCUGGCGACUUCUCCACUUCCACUGACCUAAAUACACCAACUAGUGAUGACAUGGGGUGUUUGGGCCAACCUCCAAGCGAUGGAUCCAGUAAGAUUAAAGGGAAGGGAAAAGAUAUGGACAUGCCAUCAGAUGCCUUUCAACAAUGGUUGGAUUCCAUUGAGAAAAUGAAUUUGAUGAGGGCAAGUGAAAUUACUAGGAUGAAGUAUGAUAAAGAUGUCGAGGUUGAAAAGCAAAAAGUUGAAAGCGAAGGGUUUCAAUUAGCCAGAGAGAAAGAAGCAAGGAAACACAGGAAGAUUAAUUUGGAAUUGUUUAAAGUACUUUCCUCAAAGGAGUACUUAAUGAAAGAAGAACAAGAGUUGAAGAAUAAUUUAGUGAAGGUUCUUUUCCCAUGAUAUAUAGUUUGUUAAUUUUUUUUUUAACUAAAGGAUUGUUUUAAUCCGUAACUCUGUAUAAUCUAUUGUAUUUACGCAUUUAAAGCUUAGAGUUUGUGUUUGUUUAGAAUUUUAAUUAUAUGUUCAAAAUUUGAAUUAUCUUAUAUGCAAUCUUUGCAAUUAUUGCAUAA